UGUCCUAUUUCCGCAUACAGGUCCUCUAAAGGUCUCUUGCGCCGUGCAGCUUCCUUUUCGUCCGACAUCUUGAAGAGGAAACAUGGUGAGCCCGAUCAUUAAGCGUUUUACAAAACAAAAAAUCAACAAAUUCAGUAUAUUUGGAAUUUAUACAAGCCAUAAAACUUGGAUUUGUAAAUGGGACUAUGGCUACAUGCUCCAUACACCGUGAUAAGAUGUGAAGGUGAAGCCAACAUUUAAAGUAUAGUCUGCGACAGGCGUGCUACAUAGCUAUGAAGCUAACUCCACCAUGUGUCUGGUACGGGAUCAGUAAAGAAAAGUCCUGUGGAAUCGAAAUUCUUCAUCUCACAAUGCGCUAACCUCUACAAAAUAAACCAACAUAAAGCAUAGGCCACUGUUACUGUGUGAAGUAAUCGUCCCAACAACGAUGUUAAUCUUAUGAGCUCGGGCUGUUUGCGCUCUCUGUGAGGCUAACCAUAGCCGGUGUCACGGUUAGCAGAGUGCCUCUCAGGUCGACAUUGAUGCAAAACAUAAACUUGGUGUCUAUAUGUGGCGAUCUUUGGGACGAGUUUUUACCCCAACAAUGUGAGCGAUAUAUAUAAUAUUGUUAAUUGAAAACUAAUAAUGUCAGCCACUUUGAACAAAGUGAAGUCAUGCAGAAGACAGGUUUAUAAAGCAUGUACUAAUCUCUACAAAUACAGCAUCAGACACGAUUGUGUAGUCAUAAGAUUAAACUGGUAGGUUAAAUUGGAAAUGAAACUUCUUGAUAUGUCAAUUAAUAACCCGAGGACAACAACAUACACUCUCGACAGCAGCUAUGUCAACCAGACUCUUUCCCUACUUUAAAUGUGAGGCUGUGUUGGAAGUUUUAUAAAUUAUUAUUUUUCAUUUCCAGCCCCCCAAGCAAGACAAGAAGAAGGACACCGGGAAGUCCAAGAAGGACAAGGACCCAGUCAACAAGUCUGGUGGCAAAGCCAAGAAGAAGGUAUGCUGUGGUUAAUCAUUAUCCAAAAAUCUUCACUACUUCUACAGAUGUUUUAAUCCAAGAGGCCCAUUAUUGCGCUUGUCUAACCACCAACACAUUUCUGUGAUUCUGAGCAGAAGUGGUCCAAGGGAAAAGUGAGGGACAAACUCAACAACCUGGUGCUCUUUGACAAGGCCACAUAUGAUAAGUUGUACAAAGAAGUCCCCAACUAUAAACUCAUCACCCCUGCAGUCGUGUCUGAGAGGCUAAAGAUCCGCGGCUCCCUCGCCAGGAACGCCCUCCAAGAACUACUUGCUAAAGGUAAAAUUGUCUACUGACUGUCCAUGUCUGUAGGUUGUCUUUUUCAAGCUGCAUGUUAAGUUGUACUCAUCAUACUGUGGUCAGGUUGUUUGUGGCAUGGUACUGAACAACAUCUCAAGUUGAUUAUGCUCGGCUUUUAUCAGAGCACAAAAAGGGUUGGAUUGGAGGUUAAUAGGUAUGAAGCACGAUGUUUUUACAGAAAGAAACUUGUAGGGAAAUUAAAAUAUUUCGUAAUGUAACAAUUUUCUAUCCAUUCAGAGGAGGCAUACUUUUAAUAUGUUGAAAUAAUAAGGUAUCUUUGAGUAUCUCAUUGCCUGGUUUUCGUUGAUCAAAGUAUUGCCACCCUACCAAAUUUUGCUCUUCGUUUCUAAUUGAAAGGCUGUUUUCACAUAUGCUAAAGUUAGCUGCUGACAUGGCAUAAUCUGCUAUUGAUCUCUAUGUAAUAACAGCAGGCUAUUCCAGAUCAGCAGUCCCCUGACCGAAGGAUAGUUUACAGUGAUCAAAAGGGUGCUUUGAUGGAUUCUUUACCUUUUGCUGCAUGAGUCAUUUGCUCCUAAAUUAUGUUGAACAGAAGUUCAUCAUCAGCAGAUUUAAAUUUUGGCCAAAGAAGCAGAAAAGAAGACUUUGCAGAUGUUGUAAAGGAGUAGUUUGUGAACUGCAGUUUAGAGGGGGGUCUUUUUGUCAUAUUUAUCUACAUUAGCCUCUGUCAGGCAAAAAAAUAUCAUUCAUUGUGCAUCACAAUUUCAGAGUAUCUUUAAAGGUUCUGAAACUCUAAAAUCUCACGUAGGAGAUGCCUCUGUCCUACUUAAUGUAAGGUUUAUGAUGAUAACCAGCUGUUGUUGUCCACACUAACACGAUUUCAUGUAUCGGUUUGUUUUUAAAUUGUAUAAGUUCAUGGGACUACAUUAACUUCUUUGUACUGACAUAGUUUUGUUUACAAUUAAUCAUAGGCACAGUUUGACUGUAAAUACACAACCACAAGCAACUGAGUUGCCAGGCUAGCCUACUGCAGUGUAUACAAACGGAUUGCAUGGUCAAUGUGUUGAUGAAAAUAUACUAACAGAACACAAUUCUAUCUUCUAGGCAUGAUCAAACUGGUAUCCAAACACAGAGCACAGCUGAUUUACACUCGUAACACCAAGGGUGGAGAUGAGGAGGCAGCAGCAGAGAAAGCAUAAACAGGUACAUACAGGUGCUGAAAUUAUCGAAAUAUAUCCAUGUUAAGAGUUUUUUUUGCAACUCCACUCACUGAUUUUUCUCCUUGUGUUUUGCAGGAUGUCUUGUCUGCUUCUUUUUACUGAGCUGUUUGUAUGGAAAGGUGAAUAAAAUCAGCAAAAGAAGAAAAAAACUCUGUUGUUCAUUCAUGAGUGGUCAUUUUCUGUGAUAAGUAUUUGUAUGGUGAUGUUAAUAUCCAUAGAAAGAGUUUAUCAGAAAAAUCUAAAGUACCCUAUCUGAGGACAGGCUGCAAAAAAAAUUGAGCACUCAGAAUAAAGCACCUAAAGUGUGCCUUGUAGGUAUUGAUAUAAAUUAUGGAUAAUAUUUUCAAAAGAACUUAAUGCACCACCUAAGAUGACUGAGUAAAGCAGUGCUGUUACAAAGAUGGCUUUCUUUUUAAGUUAGUUGAAAUACCAUUUGACCUUACACUUAAAGGGGAACUUAAGUAUUUUUCAACCUGAGCUCUAUUUUCCUGUGUUUCUGUGUGCUUAGGUUAUGGGGAGAACAAUUUCUGAAAUUAGUUCAGUGUUGAGGAAGAGCGGAGCAGCCGUUAAAUUAUGUCUACUACAAGUGCUUUAUUUUACAACUACAAUUUGUUGUUAUGAAUUCCAAGAACUGAAUGGCGAGGGUUUCUCUUACCUUCCACCUGUGCCUGUCUUCUUGCAACCAAAUCUUGAUGGUGAAGUGUUACGACGUCCUGCGAGAUCUCACUUGUAGGAAGACAGAAGGGAUCAUGACACAACAGGAGAGUCAGUGAGCACAGGGACCAGAGCAGAGCUUGUUAGACAACAGUGAUGUAAUGAAGCAUCUUUUAGAAACAGAGUAUUUGGCUGAUUUUGAUAGUGUGGAAAGAGGUCUUCAAAUACAAAUGUUGACUGAAUUUAUUGGAACCAGAGUAUACAAGUUGGGCAAACUGGGAGAGAGAGAGAAAGGGAUACCAGGCAGAGGAGGGCAAACCUGCUGCUGCAAGGCCAGAACUUUGGGGGACUGGUGCUGUUCCUUUGGGUGCUGGUAAAGAGAUAAGAGCUUUAUGAAAAAUUCAACAGAAGAAAAAAAUUCUGGGGAAAAUUCAGAGGAAGAAUACCUGUGUUGUAAAAAGUGGGACCUGUUAUGGCGUGGACACAAUGCCGUGUGGCCAUGUCAGAUCAUUUUUAAUAAUCAGAGUCUGUCAGUGGUUAGACAAAGCACUUACUGUAGACACUCUUUGACCAUGCGCAAUUGUACAACUACAUUUUAGCUUGUUUCAAAGCUGCUGCGCCCUUUCUUGAUAAUACUGGACUGACUUCAGCAACAAACUCUCCCCAUGAGUCCAUCACACAAGUUCUUUUCAACCUGGGCCCAAGUUUUUGGAAGUUCCCCUUAAAUUAACCUGGUCAGGAGCAGGUUAUAGUCAGGGAUGGGCCUUACACCAGCUGUGAGGGGCCAUUAUAUCAUUGAUGGACACAGCGGUGGUCUUACCAUUAGUAACACUAGGCGGUUACCUAGGGCCCUUAGUUUCUGGGGGCCCCCUAAAACUCCUCAUACACUUAUGGUUUGUUGAGGUUUUACUUAUUUGCACACAUUAUGUUUUUCAUUAAAAUCCAUUCGCUCAAAUGCCAGCAGAAUGCUCAUCAGUCACCACUACAUUGGAUUAGUCCAUCUUACUGCGCCUGUGCAGAGAGGAUUCAGGAAGGCCGCAGCAAAACAUACAAAAACAAAUCGCUUUAAUGUGCAUAAUCGUUUCCUGAUGUUUAAGGUUGAGCUAAUUUUAAACACAUUCGUGUACUGUUGGGCAUUUUAAGCAACUGUCAUAAUUUUGUGGCAUCACUAUCUCACAUCACAUCUCUCCUGUCAGAUUUAGAGACUUAAAGACAGUUCGGUUGUUUUUCGUAAUAGAGGGUUUUUUUUUUUUUUGUUUCCCUGGAAAAAAAGGGCAAAUAAAUAACAACAAAAAACAGAAUGAAAAAACAGACAAACAAACAUCAGCUAUCAGCCAAAUUGUUAUUUCAAACAUCAGUAUCAGCCCAGAAUUUCCCAAUCGGUGAAUCCCUGGAAUAAAGGAUGCAGAGGGCCCAUGCCUGCCUCUGCCUAGGGCCCCCAAAUUCCUAAGUCCGCCCUUUGAUGGACAACAUAUAACAUCUACUGAUGUAUGUAUACGGGAAUUUUAUUCUUGUGCAGUCAAUUACUAAGGUCUUAAUACCUUAUAGGCGGUGUACUUGUGCCUUUUUACAUAUUUACAACAAAACUUGCAGAGUUACGAAGUUUGGUUUCAAGUAGAAGUAUGUAAAGUUUCAAAUCACUGGAGAGACGGAUUUUCCUAUAAUCCUAGAAAAAGUUGCUCGACACUGGGCUACUCUAGAUCAGAGGUCUCUGGUUCUCCGGACAAAUAAUUCUCCCAUGAUUCCCUUUUGUUAUAAAGAAGAAAAAAA